AUGGCGUCACCAUCUGAUCAUACGGCGAAGAUAAUUGACGGGAAGGCGAUUGCUCAGACCAUCCGAUCAGAGAUCGCCGAGGAAGUUCGUGAUCUAUCUGAGAAACACGGCAAGGUCCCAGGACUAGCGGUAGUUAUAGUUGGGAAUCGAAAGGAUUCACAGACCUAUGUGAAUACGAAGAGGAAAGCAUGCGCUGAGGUUGGGAUUAAGUCAUUUGAUGCAGACCUACCAGAGGAUGUUGGUGAAGCUGAUCUUAUAAGCAAAGUUCAUCAACUAAAUUCGGAUCCGGAUGUCCACGGUAUAUUAGUUCAACUUCCAUUGCCAAAACAUAUUAAUGAGGAGAAUGUUUUGGGAGCAAUCAGCAUUGAUAAAGAUGUCGAUGGCUUCCAUCCUUUGAAUAUUGGUAAGCUAGCCAUGAAAGGCAGAGAACCCCUCUUCCUUCCUUGCACCCCAAAGGGAUGUUUGGAACUCUUAGCAAGAAGCGGCAUAAAGAUAAAGGGGCAACGCUCAGUUGUUGUAGGUCGGAGUAACAUUGUUGGAUUGCCAGUUUCACUUCUAUUGCUCAAGGCUGAUGCUACUGUUACAAUUGUACAUUCUCACACCAAGGAUCCCGAGGCUAUCAUACGGGAAGCUGAUAUCGUUAUUGCUGCAGCCGGGCAAGCCUGCAUGAUUAAGGGUGACUGGAUAAAGCCAGGGGCAGCAAUAAUCGAUGUUGGAACUAAUGCAGUCAGUGACACGAGCAGGAAAUCAGGAUACCGUUUGGUUGGAGAUGUGGAUUUCGCAGAAGCUUCUAAAGUUGCAGGUUUCAUAACUCCAGUCCCUGGUGGUGUAGGCCCAAUGACAGUGGCAAUGCUUCUCAGGAACACCUUAGACAGUGCCAAGCGGACCUUUGGCCAGUAA